AUGGAAGAUUAUAUUCCAUUAAGAAAAUUAGUGUCUGUAAGAUGUCCAUGUGGAAGAUCAAUACAUGAUGAUAGAAAUGGACCAGCUGAAAUGUAUACAAUUAAUAAAAAUGGUAAUGAAUUAAUUCUACUUUCAUUAAAUACAACAAAAUGGGAAUUUUUUUGUACAACUGGAACAUCUUAUGACUUUUCAAUUAAUUUCAUAAAAGAACAAAAGAAAUGGUUUCCUGAAAAGACUUGUCCAUUCAUUUUAUCAUAUCUUUUCACUGAACAAAAUAAUGUUGUUGGAUUUCUUACAGACCAUGUUAUUAUAAAAAAAAUCUUUCAAAGUUUUAUAGCUUCAUGUGAGUCUAGAGUUUUUGAACCCCCAACACAAUCAUUUCGUUUUGAAAAUAAUGAUCCUCAGGUUGCUUCUACAAUAAUUAAAAUUGAAGGACAAUGCCCAUGUGGAUAUAAACAUCAAUUAGGUAAUCAAAUAUAUGAUAUGGUCUUUUUAUUCCAAAACAGAUUAGUUGGUAUUGAUUUUAGAAAAAGCUUAUUAUCAAAUCUUUUUAAUAUAUGUGAACAAUGUGGACUUGAUUUAUGUGUUGUGAUGUAUGUUUUUAAAGGAUUAUCAGACGCAUUUUUUGAGUUGUCACAAUUAACAAAAUGCGACAAUUAUUGUCAUGGAAAGAGUCAAGACUAUCAUCUCACCAAGAAAAAAAGAAUUUCGUUCAAUGGUUUAGCACUUUUUUCUAACGCUGCAAUUGAAAAUCAAUACAUUUACUUUAUCAAAUUCUAUAACUCAAUCUAUAAAGGGUUUUUGUAUCAAUUGAGUUCAUUAGAAGAAUCAAACGUUUACUCAUUGUAUAACUUAUCUGAUUUUUGUGAUUCAUUUGAUUUACCACCUCCAAAUAUGAAGUUAAAUGAAAGUAAGGAAGAAAUAACAAUAAAUGAAAUAUAUUCAAAAGAAAAGAAUAAUUUUAAAAUUGAUUUGUUAAACGCACUUUCUAAGGAUUGUAUAGAGCUAAAGAAGAGUAUAAAAGAAGACAAUGACCAAACGGAGAAAGAAGAACAAAACGAAAAUGAAAGAAAAGGAUGUAUUGAACAUAAAGAAUUAAUUGAAAGGAAAGAAAACUUAAACUUUAAAACUAAACAAAAAGUUAAAGAUAAUACACCUAGUUUAUCUAAAGAAGAUAACAAAGAAACAAAAGAACCUAGUCAUGAACUUUUGCAAGUUUCAAAGGAAUUACAUCAAGAACAAAUCAAAAUAAAUAAAGGUAAUAAUAAUGAAAAAGAAAUAAAUCACCAAAAUACCAAUGAAACAAUUCAAGAUAAAAAACUUAAUGUAUUGAAACCAAAAAAAAUAACUACAGGAGAGUAUGAAAGCUAUGAAAAAUAUGGAAGUCCUAGACUAUAUCAAGGUAUAUCUAAUAAAAAUAGAAAAUCAAAUAUCUCUACUUUAGACACACAAACUAAAGACAGUAGUUUAGAAAUUCAAGAAAAGUUAAUACAACUAUUACUUGAAGCAUCAAAGACAAAAGAAAUGAAUUGUGGAUUUGAAUUGCAAGAAGAAAAAGAACAACCAAAAGGGCAUAAAUUAGUUGAAACAGAACAGCCCAAAGAGACUAACGAUGACGGUAUUGAAAGUAAAGAAUAUCCAAAAGAACUUAGUAAAGCAGGAUAUAUUUUAAAAAUUAAAACAAAAUACUCAACAAUACAAUUUAAUGGAAAUGAAGACACUACAGUUAGGGAAUUGAUUAGUCAUAUUAAAUGGACAAUUGAACAAGAAGGAAAAAAAGUUUAUUGUGGUGUAUUAAAACAAAGAACAAAUCCCAAAGGAAUUAACGAGAGAUUAAAUGAAACAUUAAGUUCAUUAAAAUUAUAUCGCACAAUGUUAUGGUAUGAAUGA